UUUCAGAAAUGUCUGCGAAUCUCCCACCAGCAUUCAAACCAAUUGCUCACUACAUAAAGAUUGCUAACGAGAAUGCAAGCCGCGAUCCGGUCAUUUAUUACUGGUCCCUGCUCUGUAUGGCACUUGGUCCUGUGGAGACAACAUUCGAUGAAAUAUCGUGGAAACUACUUCAAACAUCGAUUCGCCUGGAAAAAGAUCAUAUCAAUGAUAGAGAUUCACUCCGAGAAUAUAUUGAUGAACCUGGUGGAGUUGUGAAUAAUUGUCAAAGAGCACAAAAUAUAUCAAUGGAAAUUGAACAGAAAAAUGUUUCGUGUGAAAAGCUGAGAGAAAAAAUUGCAAAGAUUAAUCAGAAGAUACUUAUUGGAAAAGGAAAGCUUUCAGAAGUGAACGAAGAACUUUCCAAAAAGCAAAAUUUUGAGGAGAGUUUGAAGCAGAAAAUUGAAAUUAUGGAGCUACAAAUAAAUAAAAAUCAGUCCAAAAAGGAUAAAGAAGUGAAAUCAAUCAAUGUAUUGAUCAGAUUAGUUGCAUAUAGAAAGCUCACAUUGAUCAAAGAAGUCAUGGACCUGUUCAAAGUGAAGAUCGAUGGAGGGCCAGCAUCUGAAGCAAUUACUACUAAAAACUGUCAAUGUCAGCUAAUCGAUACGAUCCGUGGACUUCAUAUUCCUCAAAUCACUCACAUUUUCAAUCACUCGGAGGCUCCAACUCUAACCGCACUUCAAAAUCUGACUCAUCUCUUCAAUGUGAUUUGUAAAGUUCUACACUUUGCUCCAAAAUAUCCCAUUCUGACAAAUCUUCAAAUCAUCAACCCAAUUGAUCAGAAAAGUUCAAUAUUCACGGAGAAAUGUUGGAAGAAGAAGGCAGAUCGUGAGAAACUGAUUGAGGGAAUGUCCUGGUUGAGUAAAAAUAUCAGUCAUCUUCGUGAAAGUUGUGGAAUUCCGACAAUGGCGACUGACAGAAUUCUCGGAACACUUGAAGAAUGGAUUCGAUUAGUUAUUCGCAAGGAAACUGUUUUCGAGAGACCCAUUAAUAGUAUCUUUAGUCCCGCAAACUUAUUGAUUGAUUAUCAAAUUCCAAACAUUUCCUACCAUAGUUAGGUUAUUCAGUUAUUUCCUCUGUGAAGUGAUCCCCGGAAGUCUGAUUUAUUCCAUCAAUCCUUUUUUACAUUCCCAGUGUCCGUAUGCUUUUGCAAAUAAAAAACAUUGUAU